CAGAUCUGUUGACUUUUCAUACGUCGUCAAACGAAGAGACUCCUUCUGUCAAGAAACUCUUGCACCUAAACGAACGAUACCAUUUGAGAGAGAAAAGAAAAGAAGGCCAUGGCGCCACCGGCAACGAUUCGGUGGUUCGCAGUCGCAUCAGCUCUGGUGUUCUCUCUUCUCAUCUCUCCGUCAACGGCGAUCUAUUGCGACGAAGACGAUUGCUAUGAUCUCCUCGGGGUUUCGCAGAACGCCAAUGCUUCGGAAAUCAAAAAAGCUUACUACAAGCUCUCUUUGAAACAUCACCCCGAUAAAAACCCAGAUCCGGAAUCAAGAAAGCUGUUUGUUAAAAUUGCCAAUGCUUAUGAGAUUUUGAAGGACGAGGCCACUCGGGAGCAGUAUGAUUAUGCAAUUGCACAUCCUGAGGAGGUGUUUUAUAAUACAGCUCGUUAUUAUCGUGCAUAUUAUGGUCACAAGACGGAUCCUCGUGCUGUCCUGGUUGGCCUUCUUCUGGUUCUUUCAGGAUUUCAAUACCUAAACCAGUGGACAAGGUAUAAUCAGGCUAUAGCCAUGGUCAAAAAGACACCUGCUUACAAAAAUAGACUACGGGCAUUGGAACUUGAGCGCAGUGGAGGAACUGUGAAUAAGAAGAAGAGUAACAAGCAGCUGGACAAGAAAAAGGAGGAAGACCUUAGCAAAGAACUUGACCUUCAGAUUAAGGGUGCUGAAAAGCCCUCUAUAUGGGAACUUAUUGGUGUCCGUUUCAUUCUUCUGCCUUACACCAUUGGCAAGCUCUCACUAUGGUAUGGUUGCUGGUUCUGGAGAUACAAGGUCAAAAAAGCUCCAUAUUCUUGGGAGGAUGCCACUUACCUGACACAGAGAUCCCUGAGAGUGCCUCCUGAUGCUUGGGGAAACAUUGAUGAAUUUACAAAGGAAGAUCUUGUUGGUAAACGAUUAUGGGAAAAAUCCAACUUAGAGAGCUAUCUGGCGGAGAUGCGGAAAGAGUCCAAGCGCAGAAGAUAGCAGAUUUUGUUGCCUUGCUGUCUUGAGGUUAUGCCCUCCAAGUAAUUUCCAAUGACAACACAAUUUUUGGUAAAAUUAAAUCAAUAUAUAAACGUACACUCAUUCGAACUGAGUUAGGUGAACUAUGAGGUUGGUUUAUGCAGGGAAAGAGUAGGAUUAUCAUUUUGCAAGCCACUAAAUUAUCAAAUUGUAUUAUUUAACGUCUUAUAGUUGAAGCAUGAAGAUGAGACUUGUGGAGAUGGUUCUUGGGGUGAGAGGUAUAAGUAGUUAUCUUGCUAUAUAACUUACCAAAUAUAUACAUAUAUAUAUAUAUAUAUAUAUAUAUAUAUAUAUAUAUAUAUGCUAUGUUAUAUUUGUAAAAGUACUUAUCCGGACGUGUUAAUUGAUAAUGAUGAGGUAACCUGGUGGAUUUGCUGGUCUAA